AAGCACAAGCAACAACAACAAAAUUCCUAAAUGUGACACCAAAAGCACAAGCAACAGGUUGGACCUCAUCAAAAUUAAAAACAUUUGUACUUCAAAGACACUAUAAGAAAGUGAAAAACAACUUACAAAAUGGGAAAAAAACAUUUGCAAAUCAUUUAUCUGAUAUGGGGCUUAUAUCUAGGAUACAGAAAGAAUUCUUCCAACUCAACAAUAAAAAGACCAACAAUCUAAAUGGGCAAAGGAUGUGAGUAAACAUUUCUCUAAUGAUACAUGAAUGGCCAAUAAGUACAUGAAAAGAUGCCCAAGAUAAUCAGCUGUCAAAGAAAUGCAAACUGAAACCACAAGAUACUGCCUACCGGGACAGCUAUAAUCAAAAAGACAGUAAUGAGUGCUAACGAAGACGCUGAGAGAUUAGAACCCAUAUGCCCUGCUGGUGGGGAUGUAAAACGGUGCUUUAGAAAACAGUCUGGCAGUUUCUCAAAAUCUUGAACACAGAGCUAACAUGAUUCAGUAACUCUACUACCAGGCACCCACCUAAGAGAAAUGGAAACAUAUGUCUACACAAAAACUUGUAAGUAAAUGUUAACAGCAGCAUAAUUCACAGUAACUAUAAAGUGGAAACCAUCUAAAUGCCCACAAUUGAUGAAUGAAUAAGUAACAUGUGAUAUGCUCAUACAAUGGAAUAUUAUUUGACCAUAAAAAGGAAUGAAGUGCUGAUAUAUGAGACAACAUGGAUGAACUGUGGAAACAUUAAUCUAAGUGAAGAAAGCCAUCAAAAAGACUACUCACUGUAUAAUUCCAUUCAUAUGAAACAUUUAGAACAGGCAAAUGUAUGGAGACAGAGUAUCCAUUAGUGGUUGCCUAAGAGUGGGGGUGGGAGGUGCAAGUGGAAAGUCUCUGGGUGAAAUGGGGAAUGAUUGCUAACUGGUACAGGGGUUUCUUUUUACAACAACAAAAAUGUUCUAAAACUGUGGUGAUGGUUGCAUAAUUCUGAACACACUAAAGAAGAAAAAAAAAAUCACUGAAUUGUACACUUUAAAUGGAUGAGCUAUAUAGUAUGUGAGUUAUUUACCAUCUCAGUAAAGCUGUUAAAUAUUUAAAGACCAUAAACUACCAAAAAAAGAACUUUCUAAUAAUGCAAUUAACAGGCAACCCAUAUUGGGGAGUGGGAAAACAUAUGUGACACUUUGCUGUAUAUUUCAGCAAGGUAUAUUUUUUAACUAAAAAACUAUUUUAUUAAAAUUAUUUUCUAGGGGCCAGAGAAGAAGUCGGCGUGGGGGCGAGUGGUGCGUGCGGUCAGGGGACUGAGCGUUUCGCGGCCGCGCGAGUCGGGGAUCUUCCCAACCCAGGGAUCAAACCCACGUCUCCUAUGUCUCUUGCUUUGUCAGGCGGAUUCUUCACCACUGAGCCACUUGGGAAGCCUAUUUUUAUAAAGAAGUCUCUCACCAGUGACUUCUGAUGUCCCAGCAAAUGGCAUUAUCUCCAAUGGUGCUGAAAAGAUACUCCCAAGGGCCCAGCAGUGAUAGCCACAACUAACGCAGACUUGGUAGCACUCUGCUGGGAAGACCUUGAACAGGAGUGAUGCCUCCAGGCAGGUGGUACGCUGUCCACCCAGCUCAGGCCAAGGCUUCCAGGGAGCGAGGACGCCUUCAGAUGGUAAAGAAGGAAGAAGAGGAUGAAAGCUACACUUCAGUGCCGGCUGCCAGACCACAGACACUCAACCGUCCUGGCCAGGAGCUGUUCCGUCAGCUCUUCAGGCAGCUUCGCUACCACGAGUCUUCUGGGCCUCUGGAGACCCUGAGCCGGCUCCGGGAGCUGUGCCGCUGGUGGCUGAGGCCAGAUGUUCUCUCAAAGGCCCAGAUCCUGGAGCUGCUGGUGCUGGAGCAGUUCCUGAGCAUCCUGCCAGAGGAGCUCCGGACCUGGGUGCAGCUGCAUCACCCUGAGAGUGGUGGGGAGGCUGUGGCCUUGCUGGAAGAACUUCAGAGGGACUUUGAUGAGACACCAUGGAGGGACCCAGCCCCUGCCCAGAGCCCAGAUGUGCACUGGAUGGGCACAGGAGCCCUGCGAGCCGCACAGAUAUGGCCCCCUUCUUCACCUCUCAGGAGCGGCUCGGCUCUGGGGGACCACCUGCAGCCUCCCUAUGAAAUCGGAGUGCGUGACUUCCUGGCUGGGCAACCCGAUCCUCCUGCUGCACAGGUGCCUGCCCUUUGCCUGAAGGAGGGAUGCCCAGGCAACCAGGUGACAGCCCAGCCUCAGGGGACUAUGACUUUCAAGGAUGUGGAGGUGACCUUCUCCCAGGAUGAGUGGGGAUUGCUGGACGCUUCUCAGAGGAACCUGUACAGGGAUGUGAUGUUAGAGAAUUAUGGAAACAUGGCUUCUGUGGUGGGGCCAUUCACCAAACCUGCUCUCAUCUCCUGGUUGGAGGCAAGGGAGCCAUGGGGCCUGAAUGUCCAGGUAGUUCAGUUCAAGGGGAAUCCAGGUGCUGCCCCUGCAGGUGUUUGCGAGUGAAAUGUUGACUGGAGACUGCCCACAAGUGCGCCUGCUACUUGGGAGCCCAGACGCUGGUGUCUCCAAGCCAGAGGGGACCCAGUUGACUGCCUUGGCCAACCGUGCUCACCUCACACCCUGUCCUGGUCUGGAGAACAUACCCCUUCUUCCAAACCUGCCCCGUAUUCUCCCACUCCCUUGGAGGAACUGAAAUUAGGGCUCGUGGGAGCCAGAUGGGCUGGGACUCCACAGAGGGGUGGAUAUCAGGAGAUGUUUCAGGCAAGUGUUCAGUGUGGUUGGUCUCACCCUUGCUGACAGAACCUGUCAGUCCAGACAGAGGUGAGUGUAGAGAAGAACUUGCAGGAAAUGUAAAUGGAUGUGGAUCAUCUUAUACUCAUGAAGUUGGCUAAACUUAGAAGCCCUGGUGUGGGUAAGUGUGUGGUACAUGGGAACUCACUGCUGUGGAAAUGGAAAUUGUGACAACUGCUGUGCCAAGCAAUAUGUAAAAUCUGGUAAAAUUGUGUAUAUUCUGCCACCCAGAAUUCUACUCCUGGAUAAACCCUAAAGUAACUCCAUUUGAAGAAGGAAAUGUGUCUAUGACUGUUCAUUGCAGUACUGUGUAGAUAGCAAGAUUAGGAGAAGCCUAAAUUUCCAUCAGCAGAAGAACAGGUUGUUUUUGGUAAGUGAAUGUGAAAGAACUAGAGUUACAUCUUUCAACAUAGAUGAAUCAAAAAUGAGGCAGAGGAAGUUGCAGAAGCUACAUAUACCAUUUAUGUAAAGUUACACAUACUGUGUUAUCUGUGGGCACGUUAUUUAAACUGAAUCGUGUUUCACUUUUUCUGUAAAAUGACAUAGUAGUGCCAACCUCACAGGGUGGUGGGGGAGGGGGACAGUUAAUGAAUUAAUGCAUGUAAACUGCUUAGAAUAGUGGCAGGCAUGUAAGCAUUGUUGGCAUAAGGUAACCAGUGUUACUGUUUCACAAAAUAAUAUAUUUCUUGUGAUUCAAGUUAUAUGAAAUGAAGAGUGUAAAAUCCUGUGUUAGAAUGAUGUGUGAAAGCCAUGCUCUGCCUUCCCAGAGCAGGAGUUGCUGAUGGAAUCAGGGAGGGUACAUGGAGGUUUCAGUUGUGUUUUAUUUCUUUUAAAAUGUUGAUGUAGUUGGGUCAGCAUGUUGAUUUAAUGGGAUAUGUGAUGGGUUCUUUUCUAACUGUGUGUUUAAAAUAUCUCAAAAUAAAAGUAUUUUUAAGCAAAAAAAAAAAAUUAUUUUCUAAAGAAAACUAUGAAUACCUUAGAUAUUAUAAGAAAAAACUUAUUUCUAGAUUUAUAAAUCAUAUACCUUGGGGCAUGACCUUCUACCAAUGGUACACUUUGCUCCAACACAAAAGGAAUGAUGUUCCUUUUCUUAGACACAAAAACAAUAGAAAGUUUGAAUCUUUCUGCCUUAUUUGCUCUCUCCCUUUUUAUUGUGAUAAGCUAGCGAGAAAACUGCUGCAAAGGUCAGGGAGUUCAGCUCAGCGCUCUGUGGGGACCUAGAAGGGUAGAACGGGUGGGUGGGGGUGGGGGAGAAAAUGGAGGAAGGGUAUACAUGUAUACAUACGGCUGAUUCAUGAUGUCAUACAGCAGAAACAACACACUGUAAAGCAAUUAUAUUCCAACAAAAAAAAUUUUUUUAAGCUAAUAGAAAAAGCAAAAAAAAAAAAAAAAACCCCAAAAAACAACCCACUUGAGAUCACCCUCUUCACAAAUUUUCAGGUGCACAACACAGUACAGUUAACCAUGGGCACAAUGGUGUACAACAGAUCUCUAGAACUUAAUCAUCUUGCAUAACUGAAACUACAUACUUGCAGGAAUUGCUGUUCUGAACUACUGUAUAGUUCAAAUAAUUUAAAGAGUACCAAAG